GGUCUAUUAGGUGCUACUCUUAAAUAGCACCCGGAGGUGUUAUUCAAUAACUAGAUUUUAGGAAAAGAAGAUUAAUUAAGGGACGAGCACUGAUCUGUUCAAUGAAUCUGCAAAUGAACUACAAUAUUUGAUAAACAACUGACUACGAAAUGUUUGAAGGUUUAGAUUUGUAAUGAGCGCGGAAGUUAUGUUCGAGAAUUGAUACCAAAAUUCGCAAAAAAAAUAUAUGUGCGUUUGCAUAUGGGGUGGGAAGCAUAUAAACAAAUUUAGUAAGUUCGUUUAUAACCGCGUUUGAUUUAUUCACCGUUAACUAAUAUUUUGUGUUUCUUUGAAUUUUAUUACUUACAGAAGAAAAAAAUCAAUGGCUUCUUCCAGGCAUUUUCCAUGUUUUCAACGUUAUAAGCGUGUUCAUUCUAACAUGUCUUUACAUCCUCAAAGAGAUGGAAUCGCCUUUUUGGGAAAUCGUCUUCACCAAUGACUUGAACCGCAUCAAGAACUUCUUAAGAUCCAAAAUAAAGUCUAUAUAUGAAGAAAUACGUCGACCAGCAAAAUCGUUUUAUGUAAAGGAACCACCUCGGCUAAGGAUCCCCGAGCCCCUCUUCCGAGCAGCAGUUACCUUUUCGGCCAGAAAGAUGAUGACGACCUGGACGAAAAGAACCGAAGCUUUGUUCGAAGCAGCGGAAUGGGGCAUGUACACUGACGAAGGCGGAGUCCACGAGGCCAUGGCCACCUUCGGCCUCCCAGCCACCGUGAAGGACUGCCACGGCUGGUCCGUCCUGCAUUACGCCGCCAGCAUGAGGUUCGCUGACGACAGUCCCGUGUGGGAGCUGAGAGACAUAAAGAAAUACGUGGAGCAGCACAGGCCAUUCCCGAACGCAGUCGAUCACUUGGGCCAAACCGCUCUUCACGUUCUCGCCCAACAUCCUCGAGGGAGUUUAGAGGCAUUUCUGGGCAGAAAGAGACGAAUGCACAACGUUGCAGGGGCAUGGGUAGCCAUCGCCUGCCUCCUGAUCAAGUACGGGUGUGAUCCAAGCAUUCGGGACAAGCGAGGGAGGCGAGCUGAAGACAGAGCGCGGGAAUACAACAACGUAGAGCUUGCACAGUUGCUGGAACAG